AUUACAGGCCUGUGCCACCAUGCCCAACUAAGUUAAUUUUUGAUUUUAAGUAUAUUUUUUAGAAGAAAAUUUACCAUAUUUUUCAUUUUGCAACCAUACUAUAAAGGUGAGAUCAAGGUGUCCUCCUAACUGAUUUUUUUAUAUCUUCUUUUUUAAGCUUUGUAAUAAUUAUCUAAUUUCUUCAGCACCCAGUCCAUAUAAUGAGAAGCAACCAAAUCUAGUGUCUUUUAAUACAUAAAUUUAUUUUACAGACAUAAAUUUCUCCAAUGAUUAGUGUAAGUAAGAAGACCUGUACCCUUUAAGGAGAGUUUUUGUUUUGUUUUGUUUUGUUUUGUUUUACUCAGUCAUGCUGUGUUCUGAAACUACUAUCCUUGUUCCUUCCUGAAUAAGGCUAAAUUCAUUUUUGUUUCCAUUGGCUGUACCAAAAGAUCCCUCAGCUACUCAGUAUUGGUCAGUGUGUAGCAGAUCAAAUCUGUUGUUAGUGACCCUUCCAAUACUGCUCUUUACAAAUACUUUUCAUUGAUUUAUUUUUGUACCAUAACAUACAUACUUUCAUGUACUUUUAUUCAAGUUAUUUCCCUUUUUGAAAGAGAAAUAUAUAGUUGGUUUAUAGGGGAUUCUUCAAUAAAAGUGUUUUAUUUAUCAGUUAUGUUAAAUGUAGUGACUGAAUAAGAUGUGUCACUGGUGUACAAGAACUUAUAUUAAAUAUGUUCUUCUCUAGAGAUAAUUAGGAAAUGUUAUUCUUUAAAAUACAGUAUUCAGUAUUAUGCAUGUUUUUUCAGUUUUUUUUUUCAGAAGUACCUGUUGGAUCUUUUCAGAAUUACUGGAUCUUCAGCCUUUGCCAAUUAUGGCUUUGGGAUGUAAAGCAUAUGAAGCCCUCUACAACUUCAGCCACUUUAACCCUGUGCAGACACAAAUAUUUCAUACACUGUAUCACACAGACUGUAGUGUCCUAGUUGGAGCACCCACUGGAUCAAGAAAGACUGUUGCAGCUGAAUUAGCUAUUUUCAGAGUCUUCAACAAGUAUCCCUUCUCAAAGGCAAUGCUGGAUGUGGCUGCAAACCAAGGUUGGCUGGUGACUGCCCUGAAUACCACCAACCUCGUUCAGAUGUUGAUCCAGGGCCAGUGGUUAAAAGAUUCUUCUCUUCUUACACUACCAAAGAUAGAACAGCACCAGCUUCACUUUUUCAGGUAAUUGUCUUACUUUGCAAUAUA